UAGAAAAGCACUCAAUUUUAGGUCCAGUGAAUGAAGUGAAAUCGUUUGCAAUAAAUUGUUUUCCAUAGCAGGCGUAAGCAAUGUGGAGUUUGUCUUCUAACAAUAUUGAAUGACAAUUUUUUAUAUUAGAAAUACAUUGUUCGCAAUAAGUUAUAUGUAUCUAAGCUCAUAUAUAUAAAAGUCAUUCCAAUUAAAGUAAUCUGUGAAGUGUGGAGAUUACGUAAUUGUCCAGAUUGUCAAAUCCUUUAGUUUUAUUUUGCCAUCUCUGCAUUCGAAACGAAUAUCUAUAAAAAAGGAAAUGUCAAAUUUGAUUGCGUUAUUCGAAAUCAUACAACAAAAGUUAACCGCUUCUUAAAUGGACGAACGACUGCAACAAGUAUUUCGUCUGCGACCUUUGCAGGAAGAAACCAUUGCUUACCGCAAUAAUAUGAAACUUUACCGCACUCUCAUGAAACAGAUUUGCAAAGCUGAACUGCAGAAUCUUGUGAAUGUAGAAAUGAAUAUUGCGGAUAAAGAAAUCAAAAUGCCUGACCCAAAAACAGUACCACAAGAUUUCAGUGAAAAUGAGGACUUAACACCAAAGAUAGAUGCACUAUUGGAAGACGUGAGAACAACUGCGAUUGGAAUGGAUCUGCUAUAACUUAUAUCUAUGUAAUCCCGUUUGAUUUGCGAAAAAUUCCAUUGAGACAUUUGUAUGUCAUCUGCAAGCAUUCGAAGGACGGCUGCAAAGACUGCAUAAAAAAUAAAAUAUUAAUACAAUUAAAACUUCACAUAAAAACUUACAUUAAAAAGUGUGAUAAUUGGCUUCUUUUGGAAAAGACUGCCUUUUGUUCGAAUUAUCAGUAUAUAAUGCACAUCAAGCUAAAAAAUAAAAGUAAAUUAGAUAUACUGAAAAA